AUGCCAGCGAAACGUUUGAGAAUGUACCAAGUCCAUUGUCAGAUGCUGGGAAUUAUGACAACUACUAUGGGAGACGACUUCGGACUAGAUCCUCAACCAUCUGAUUGCCUCAACUCCUCGGUGCCACAUAUUUUUGGUCGCCCAUCUGGUAUUGAUGGUGCAUCAGAGCCGGGCCAGGUAAUCGGGCCUAUUUCUGAUCCGGUCCAGACUUCCUCCAGCCUGAAUUCAAAUGCAAUGGAACAUCGGCACUCGCAAUGGAUGUCAACCAGAUCACCGUCAAGGCCGAACUCUUCUCUCUUUUAUAAGGACCGCUUUAAGUCCAAACUGAUUGAGCCUUCGCAUCACACUGGUCAUAGUUCAGACAGCUUUCCCCUUAACUCGGUCUCAUGUAGCCACCUGCUUUCUCCCCAUGAUCCCGGAUCUUUAAAUCAUCUUUCAACUCGGCAAUCUCUUUUGAAAGCAUCAUCUUCAAUCAGGCACGAUUCCAUUUGUGAACCUCUUCCACGCUUCACUCCAGCGGCUAAUCUUUUGCAUAAUUCUGACCAACUUCAACAACCUUGUCUAAAAGAGCAGCAAAUGGAUCAACCCCUACCAGGACAGUAUUUAUCGCCACGUUCAUCACAUCGGUCUUCGACUUACAGUAGCCAGUCGAGGGACGCUUUUUUUCAACCAGAGACUCCAGACUCUAAUCUUCCCCCAACCCAAUACUUUCAGCAACAACAGCAAAAUCAGCUGCAUCAAACAUCGACGCCUUAUUCAACACGACAAUACCAAUCACAACUUCAUUCCCAUAUUAGCUCCAUUAGACCAUUCUUGACGGAUAACUAUCAGCCGGAAAACAACUUUACUCUAGGACGAUCGGUCGGGUCCUUCAGAGCCUCAACUGCGCAACCAUCUAGGUCAGGCUCAAUGGUGCAGGUGACUGGUGAAGUUCACCACCCAGCUUUCCAUAAUUCGACCGUCAACCAAAGCCACAUUGGUCUGCAAUCAACACAGCAGAAGUCUCAAAAAGGGCCUUCGUCGACGUCCUCGCAGCCCUCGUUGCAAGCGCCUCCCUGCUACUAUUAUGAAUAUCAGUCCUCCAAUGAAAGACCAGCUGAAGCUGGGCGACACAACUUGAUGAACUCAACUUCUCUUGUGGCAGUCACUUCAGGCGAUUCAAUUAACACUUGCGAUGAUUCUGCGGACCCACGGCUGAUUGAUAUUGGUAACGAUGGGCUUCAACCAUCAUCUUCACUGGAUAUUAACAUAGUAAGUAUUCGGGGGAUAAUGAUUCAAAAUGCUGCUUCAUGUCUUUAG